UCUCACUAUGGGUGUUAAUGACAGGACGCCGGUAGCCGCACAGACUCGCAGCUCUGCUUUCCGUUGGCGGUGCGGAACAUGGCGGCGGCCAUGGAGCUGAGCUGCUGGGGAGGAGACUGGGGGCUGCCGUCUGUGCACACGGAGUCGCUGGUCGUGCUGGCAUAUGCAAAGUUUUCUGGGGCUAAACUCAUCAUUCAGCCUGUUGACUGGACCUGGAAAACACUGACAGGGCCUGUGCCAGCAUUGCAUUGGGAGGGAGACACAGUGACAGACCCAGCCCAGAUCCUUAACUUCUUGAGAAAGCAGAGGUACAAUGCUGACUAUGAGCUCUCAGCCAAACAAGGAGCAGAUACCUUGGCGUACAUCGCACUGCUGGAGGAGAAGCUGCGACCAGCACUGCUGCACACCUUCUGGGUGGACACAGAGAACUACACCAAUCUGACCAGGCCUUGGUUUGCCUCCCGAUGUCCUUUCCCGCUCAACUUCUUCGUCCCAGGUCGGCUGGCCCGUGCGGCUCUGUCCCUCAUCCUGCUGACCAAAGGGGAAUCGCCACUGCACAGCAUCACCGAGGUGGAGGCAAAGGUCUACAAUGAAGCCAAAGAGUGCCUGAACUUGCUGUCACACCGGCUGGGAACAUCCCCAUACUUCUUUGGAAAGAUGCCAGGAAGCCUGGAUGCCUUUGUAUUUGGUUACAUCGCUCCCCUGCUGAAGGCCGGCCUGCCUAGUGGUCCACUCAAGCAGCAUUUGAACCAGCUCACCAACCUGUGCCAAUUCUGUGACGCAGUCCUCAAGACCUACUUUGACGACGACGCCCCCGGUUCUCCUCCCAUCACCCAGGACUCAUCAGUUGACGCGAACCUGCAGAAACUGACACAGCUUGUUAACAAAGAGUCCAACCUCAUCGAGAAGGUCCUGCCUUUAUCUCUUUGCUCCCACAUCACUUUCCCUUAUGGAUGACAAUCUUCGCAGCAGCCCCCAGCACAAGCCUCGAGCCCCCGCUGCCAGACCCACCACCUUGUCCAGCCAAAAGAACUCUACACCGGCAUGACCUCCCCCCAAGUCCGUCACCUCAGGUGUUUGGUGAAUCCCUAACCCAAUUCCAAAUCGCUAGCUCCUAGCCCAGCUGCUAGGAGGGCCAGACCAAACCUGGACCCUUCACAUGCAUGCCACCGCUGAUUUCAGAGAAGCACUUUCAGUUGCGCACUUUGAGAGGUAGCAGCAUAUGGGUUUGAAUGUUACCCUGACCCCUGAGAUGGUCGGACUCUCAUGGUCGCAAUAUCUCUGUAUAACUGCUAGGUUGCUAGCCUUAGCACUGGCCUAUAGCCAACCAAACAUACUCUGAACCGAGGAAUCUUUGGAAAUUUCACUGUGGUUUAAAACGAAAAUUGAAUGUUUUAACACUUCACUCAGAAUGAUGUUAUGUUGGUGAUUGGAGGAGAAAGAGGAGUAUGGUGAUGAUGUCUGAAAGAAGGUGUUUUACGAUAAGCAGAAAUUUACGUUUCCUAUUGGAGGAAUAUUGGAAGUUAAUAGAAGUUUUGAUUUUAAAAUAUGGGUUUCAAGAAAGAAUGUUUUAAAUCGUAAAGGUCCUUUUUGGUCUAAACUCAGAAUUAAAACCAUAAUUUGCCUGUUUCUUCAAAGUAUUUUACCAGGAAUAUUGCAAUACUUAUGGUAUGGAAAAUUUAUUUUAGUUUGUCCACAUACCAGCGCAUUGAUCGUGAUUUCUGACUGAAUUCUGCUUUUGCUUCUGUUUCAUAAUUGAAUUGAGGUCAGUUAUGGAAAAACAGCAUUUGUAUGAGUGUGUGGAGUGGUGCUGAAUUUGCACAAUAUUUUUACAGUAAAGUAUAUUGUAUUCAAAUGUACUUCAUUAGUUAUCCUAGAAUGGGCUUCAUUAUGUACAUUUUACCAAGAAUUAAAUGUUUAAUGUAGCAUUCAUACACAUACAACACUGUAGGUAACAUAUAUGUGCCCGUUAUUCAUUUAUUCAAGGCACUCAGAAGCGUUCUUGCAUUUAAAUGGUUGUUUAUAGAAUAUAAUCGUUUGCUGAACAAAAAGAACAAGCCAGCAUAAGAAUUUGUACCUAAGGAAAAAUGUUUUCGAUGAUUCAUUACCUCAUCUGAUAAGUUACUAAGCAGACUUGAGAUAUGUAAGUUCCUGCAUGGGUACAUUUAGUUCAUAUUAACAUUGGCACAUUGAAUGAAAACCCCAAUGUGCUUACUGAUGCUAAUUCCUCUGAUGUUUUUUGUGGGAAAUGUCUUUCCCUUUUGAUGGGAAUUUCAGAUGUUUCUGAAAUCCCAGUUUAUUUCCACUUUGAGAUGUCUUGUGCAUAAGUAGCUGAGUGUAUGUUGUCGAGGCCUGCUUUCCUACAGUAUAAUGAUCUUUUAUUUCCACCUUAUAAUGUAAUCCCUGACAUCGAUUGUACUGCAUUUGCAGUUUUUUUUUCCUCGUGAUUUUUGUGGUGAAAUGUCGUUAUUGGCACAAGAAGUGAACACUGCAGUCUCCAUACAGUAUAUGUUUCUUUUAAUAAGUGGUAUGGGUAGUUUAUUUGCUCGUCUGCUCUGAGGGGGAAAAUUAACUUUUUUGUCUGUAUAAGAGGUACAUUAGAAAAUAUCUUUCUGUUCACAGAAGCAAACCUGCGUUUGCAGAACUGUAGAAUGUUUGUUUUAUUUGGAAAUGCAUGAUUACAUAAUUGGGGUCUGCAAUGGGGUGCUUGAGGCAGUUUAUACCAGACAUUACUUGGGUCACAUUUUUAGUUUCAUAUUAGUGUACAUUAGUGUUUCAGCUGCAUGUCUCUCUGUCAUAUCAUUGAGUAAGAGUUUAAUGCAUUGUGGUACCUGUAGUUUUGAAUGUGUUUUCAUCAACAUCCAUACAAAUUUCAUGGUGUGCAUCGUGUAGAAAAAGCACUUUAACUGCUUGUACUGUGAUCAUUCAGAUGAAAUAUUUAUCUGUGACAUGUACUGGCAGUUGGCAUCAUCUUUCCUCCCUGAUUUACUAAAUAUGAAUGAAGGGAAGCUGCUAAAUUUACCUGUCAGGCUUAGAGCUUCUGCCUUACAUUCCACAAUUGAUACUUUGUGCAGUUUGAGAAAGGAAAUCCAUCAUUGUGCAAUUUACUUCUGCUUCUAUUAAUUUAAUUUCUUAAGUUGCUUCACGCGCACUAGGAACACUACAACGAAUCCUUUGACAGUAUGAUUUGGGAAAUUUCACAAAUUUCACAGGUAUCCACAAUCUUUUAUUAUCAAAUGUUUCCUGGUUUGUUGGAUUGAAGAGCUUGCUUUUUAAUGUUAAGCUUAUUGAGUGUGCUUGUUGUAUUGCUUGUUCAGUGUUCAGUUUCAGAUCAGCAAAAGAGGCAGUUUUUGGAUUGUUCCAGCCUUCGCUCCCAGAAGUUAUGUAUAAUCAGGAGCAACAUUAAUAUUAUAACACGUGUAUCUGCUGUAGUUAUAAAGCCUGUCUAUUCGAAAAGGAUUUAAUAUUGACUGUUGAAGUUAAAAAUAGGGAGUUUUAAAUAACAGGUAAAUGCUAUGUGAACAAUGAUGUUACUGGCUUCUCUAGUUUUUCAGCAGCAGUGAUUUUUGCUAAUCCCCCACAUUUUAUUUGAUGCAGAAAAGGAUAAACUCUAGAGAGACAAAUGCUGUGUUGACAUUGAAUUCUAAAUUUGAUAUGUUAAUUCUACUGUUUCAUUCUCCAGUGACUGAACAGUGUUGCUAUUCCCAGGUUAGUGUCUCAUAUUUUACUCUAAGGGUGUGAACAAGGCAGCAUGUCAUUCGUCUGCUGAUAUGCUGAUUAUGACUUUCCAGAAUGUUCUCUGUCGUGUGCUUACAUUGACUGUCCCUGAUGCAAUGGAUGGGUGAUUCUGUGUUUUGUAACCGCUACAUCCUUUGAUGUUAUCUUUCUCUUCUUGGUUUGGCAUACAGUCCUUGAUAUAUUCUUCGUAAGCCUAUAAAACUUGUCUUUCCUUGUAAAUUGAAAAUCGGAAUUGUAUACUUCAGUAUUUGAGACAGAUCUAGACGAUUUGCAGUUAAACUUUAGCUUAGAAAAGUCCUGAAAACAGGAGUGGAGAAAUGUUGAAGGUGUGGCAUCCUAAGCAUACUGGCACAUUACAGCUGAAAACCAUAUAAACAUAUUAUAUAUGAUGAUACAUUUCCUUAGAGAUAAUGACUUGCCCUGAAUAAUGUUAUAACUUCAGUCAAAGCAGUGAAGUAUAAAGUAUCAUUUGCUCAUGAACCAGCUACCUCAAAAUUGCCACCCUUUGGAGUCCUGUUGAGGUUUGUGCUUGGCCACCGGCGCGCAAUCAUAUAAAGUUGUUUUAAUUGUUAUACUUACCUUGCUUAUUUAUUCAUUGUUAAAGUGCCUCUUGAGAAGUUGCAAUGUCCGGAAACCCUCAUAUUAAAAUUUCUCACAUGACUUUUAAUUUUUAAAUCAUCUCUUUACUGUUUGUUUGUAAAAAAAAAAAAAAAACACACACACACACGUUAUUUA